UCGGUAAAUUCUCCGAUUUCCACGUCGGUGGGUCACCAAAAUUGUGACACAAAGUGUCUUUAAUCGGCAGACAAAUUUGCCGAAAUUUUGACGCAUAAUUUCAGGUGGAAAACUACAAAAUCGCUACGAAAAACCGCGACAAAACUUCGGGCACCUGCUGCGACCGCCACGAGGGAGUGCAUUUCAAGAUGGAGGACGACUGGGAUUCGGCGGAAUGGGAGCAGGGUGGGAGCAAAAAAUCUCACCGACGAGCCAAUCGAGAGGCUGAAAAUGCUUAUGAAAAUGGUGUAGAAAGUGAUGAUGACUUCAGUGAUCCAGAGGGAUUUGUUGAUGAUGUAACUGAUGAAGAGUUGCUCGGAGACCUUCUUCGCCAGAAACCAAAAGAAACUGAUGGCAUUGAUGCUGUGAUUGUUGUAGACAAUGUGCCAAAAGUGGGGCAAGAACGAGUGGAUAAACUCAGAAAUGUCAUCCGUAAAAUUUUCUCCAAGUUUGGGAAAAUUGUCACAGAGUACUUUCCAGAGGAAGAUAAACAAACUAAAGGCUACAUCUUCCUGGAGUACUCCUCUCCUGCCAACGCCCAGGAGGCUGUGAAAAUGACUGAUGGCUACAAGUUGGACAAACAGCAUACAUUCUCUGUCAAUCUCUUCUCUGAUUUUGAUAAGUAUGCCAAUGUUCCCGAUGAAUGGGAGCCCCCAACUGCCCAGCCUUUCAAGGAUCAUGGCAAUCUCAAGUCAUGGUUGUUGAAUGAAGAUUGUCAGGAUCAGUACAGUGUCAUCUAUGAUGGUGGCGAGCGUACAUCUAUAUACUACAACUCUUCAAAUGAACCUAUCCCAGUUGAGGAACGGGCACGUUGGACUGAAACCUAUGUGAAGUGGUCUCCACAGGGUAACUACCUGGCUACGUUCCAUUCUAAGGGUAUUGCCUUGUGGGGUGGCGACAAAUUCAAGCAGAUCAUGAGGUUUAGUCACAAUGGGGUUCAACUGAUUGACUUCUCACCAUGUGAAAGGUACCUGGUGACAUUCAGUCCUCUCCCUGACAACCGGGAAGACCCACAGGCUAUCAUUAUCUGGGAUAUUAGGACUGGUCAGAAGAAACGAGGGUUUCACUGUGAGAAUGCCUCAGUAUGGCCUAUAUUCAAGUGGAGUCCAGAUGGUUGUUACUUUGCCAGGACUGGAGAAGAUUGUAUUAGUAUCUAUGAGACUCCUUCAUUUGGUAUGUUAGACAAGAGAAGUUUAAAGGUUCAAGGAAUCAAAGAUUUUACCUGGUCUCCCAGUGAUAACAUGAUAGCUCAUUACGUGCCUGAAGACAACAAUGUGCCCGCUCGAGUGACACUGCUCGAGAUCCCCAGUCGCCGUGAGCUCUGUGUGAAGAACUUGUUCAAUGUUGCUGACUGUAAGAUGCACUGGCAGAAGAAUGGAGACUACCUGUGCGUCAAGGUUGAUAGGUACAGUAAGAUGAAGAAGGAGAAGGAUAACGUCAAGUACAGUGGAAUGUACCAUAACUUCGAACUGUUCCGUAUCCGAGAAAAGCAGAUUCCCGUUGAUAAGGUUGAAACGAAGGACCCUGUGAUUGCAUUUGCAUGGGAACCUGUUGGCAGUCGGUUUGCCUUUAUCCAUGGAGAAAGCACAAGGAUAUCUGUUAGUUUCUAUAACAUCAAACCAGCACCAGCAGGAAAAGUAGAACUAAUCAAAACUCUGGAGAAGAGGCAAGCCAACCAUCUCUUCUGGUCUCCUACUGGUCAGUUCGUCGUGGUCGCUGGUCUUAGAAGUAUGAGUGGUGUCCUGGAAUUCAUUGAUGCCAAUGAUUGUACCGUGAUGAACCAGACAGAACACUUCAUGGCGACUGAUGUGGAAUGGGAUCCAACAGGAAGAUACGUGGCCACGGCUGUCAGUUGGUGGGGGCACAAGGUGGAUAAUGCCUACUGGAUGUGGACCUUCCAAGGUCGUAUCUUACAAAAGAAGCCCAUUGAGCGUUUCUGUCAAUUGCUAUGGCGUCCACGCCCACCGACUUUGCUGACCAAUGAAAUGAUCAAGGACAUCAAGAGGAACAUGAAGAAGUAUGCAGCCAAGUUCGAGCUGAAGGAUCGUAUGUUCCAGUCCAAGGCAUCCAAGGAAAUUGUUGAGAAGCGACAGGCGUUGGUUGAGGAGUUCCGUGCGUACAAGGAAGGUGCCCUUGAAGAUUACUACAAUGAGAAGGACAUCCGUUUGGAGAUGAGGGAUGGCAUCGAUACUGACGAACUGGAGAGUCACGUUGAAAACUUCGAGGAGGAAACCAUUGAAUUUUUGGUCAAAGUCGAGGAAACCGUUCUCGAGUAGACGCCAGAAGAAUCCCACGUAUUGUAUCAAGAGCCUGUUCGCCAUCUUGAAUUAACUCCUGAGUCGUCUGCCUGCUAAGAAUUGGCCUGUUUGCUACUGGCGUUGGUUGAAUUCAACGGUUUGUGGUGUCAGUUGUGAUCUGAUAUCGUUUGAACUGGUACAUUAUAAUCUAUUAUCAUUAGAGGUAAAAGUAUAUUACCGUCAGUUAGUUUUUCUGUGUGUAAACAAGUUAGGUCAGCGUAUACUUUGUAUUGUCUUUUUGCAUGCUACACUCGCACUGUUGUAUAACCCAUAAAUCUACCCUUGCUGUGGUAUUAUUUCUGCUAAGUCUUGAAUUUAGACUGCUUAAUCAAACUAAUUGCAUAUUGAACAGAAAUCCCCUGAUCAAGUAUUUCAUUUCUAAACAAUACCAAGAACUGUUAAUGAACCUAUCUUGAUAGAUCAUGUAUCAUGCAAGAAAUUCUGAUCAUGAAAUAUUUUGCUCCACCUCUGAAUCUUUCCGGGUCAGUUUUGUCCGCCAUUCUAACUCUAGUUUAUCACUGUUUGUGCUGUAUGGUCCAUUCUGUGCCUAUUUUCCGAUACCAUAUCGGUUAUGAUGUAAAGCACAUAAACCAAGUUGUAGUAGAAGCUAGUGGAUUGCUUAUUACUUCUAAUAAAUUAAUGGGGUUGAAA